CUCCCUCUCCCUCUCUCUCUCAGUCAGUCAGGAUAUAGGUGUUGUCCACUGCAAAGGAAGGAAAUUCUGUCACUUAGAACAAUGGGCCUGUUUCUCUAUCUAUAGACGCAGAGAGGCCGAGAGCUGGAGAGAGAGGGAGCAGACCUUAAUCUGUUAGACAGAAAAAGGUAUUUUAGUACAGAGAGGUCUACACGAACAGAUGUUAGACAGAAAAUUAGAGACCUACUCGUAGAAACUGGACAAGUUUGGGAUUAAAAAAAUGGAAUUUCAUGACGGGAAGGAGGAAGCAUACAAGGUGUUUAUGUUCCUUUAAGCGUAUUUGCGUUUUGCUUUUGAAGAAUCAGAUCGGCCUACCAUACAAGGAUCACAGGCAGUUGUGGGUAAGUUUUGAAAGCAUAUUCCUAAAGAGAUAUCUUGUAAUGCAUACACUUGAUGGUUUUUAACAUAUUUCCACCACAAAUGUAACCUUAAAUAUUCUCAUUAAAAAAGCAGUCUUAACUACCAUGAUAGCUGAGUUAAUACAUACAAAUAUACAUCAAAAUAUUUCAAGAUUUGCAGCGUCGUCAGGGUUUACACUUCAAACUGUGGUCAUUUUUAUGAUACGAUAUUCCUUAGGCUUACAUACAGUAUUUUAUAUCUAUAGAGAAAAUGCAAGUGUGGUACUAAAUUUUGAUGCUGAUUUGUACAACAAAGACAGCAAAUAGACAGGCAGUGACCUUAGGAGUGGGUAUUUCCCCAUCAGCGCGACAGCUGGGACUUGAGGCCUGCAAAAGAUGCUUCCUGUUUGUAAAUGGGAAAUUCGUGCUUUGAUUACACAGAGCUGAUGGGGGUGUUUUCGGUGAAUUUCGCUCUGCUUGUUUUGAGCGUGUUGACAACCUGCUGUAGGCUUCCUGUUGAUAUUUUUUGACGGUGACAUCAUGCUAUUGUUUUAUUGUUUCAAUUCUGACAUUACUGACAUACAUGCUCAGCUACAGUGUGGAGGUAGAUAAAGCAGAUAAGGGAAAACACAACAAUUACUGUUUACUGGCAUACUUACACAGAUAUCAGAUUAUUGAAUCAUAAAGCAGCAUCUGUUCUUGGUCCUGCAAGCUUUCAUCCCUCUCUCUCUCUCUCUCUCUGUCUCUGUAAGAUGGAGGGGUCUGGCAGUCCUCGCUUCAGAAAGCUCCAUUUCCCAGUGGGUCUGUGGAUCAACUCACCAAGGAAACACUUUGCCAAGCUUGGGGGUCGCUGGCCGAGUGCUGUCUCUGUCAAGUCAGUCUGAAACUGUCUUCAAGUCCUAUUUUGCUUCUAUGUCAUAAAUAUUCGCCCUCCGUUUAUCAAACUUGCAUACCACUUUUUGUCAAGGGCAGAAUAGCAUCUUAUCUUCCUUCCACUGUCAUUAGUUACCUUCCUUGUUUUAUUUUGGGUCUUGUUGUUUGUUCGUGUUUUGUCAGUCAUAAUUCACAGCUGACUAGUCCCUUCCUUUCUCCUCCAUCUGUCUUCCCCUCCUCUGUUGUUCUCAGGUCGACCACCAGCUCUGACGCAGCCUCCCUCCACGAGGCCCCCUCUGCUCCUUCCUCUUCCCUUUCUACCUCCACCCCCUCGCUGGCUUCCCCUGCUCCGUCCCCAUCCCCUUCCCCGGCCUUCCUCAGGCCCCGGCCUGCUGGGCCCCAGUCCCGCACAAAGCGCCUUUCCCAUCUCUUCCUGCGAGGGCGCUCCAACAGCGACCGGGACCGAGCGGUGGGGGAGAGGGAGAGAGAGGUUUGGGCUCAUUCAGCUGCUUCCUCCUCCCAUCAUUACCUACCCCCUGCCUCAUCGUCUGCCCCCGGCCUGAUCAAGAUCUAUGGGGAUGCCCUCUCCAGUGGGGCCAACUAUCGCUCCCUGCUGGCCAACAUUCACUCCACAGCUAGGCAGCUAAUCGCCCAGGUCAUCACUCGGUACACUGAGAGAGAAAGGGAGGAGACAGAUGACACAGGUAUGGCAAUUCUUCUCAUUUAAACCUCUGCUGUGACCAAUACAGGGACUAUUUCCUCACAUUUUGUUGAGCCCUUUGGGUAUGACCUAAUAACAAUAAAAACUGCUCGUUUAUGGGAAAAUAAUCAUCCCACACCCCCUACCCCUUUCCUCCAUUACCUUCUAGUUCUUCAGAAACACAGCCCCGAGGACUUCCUGUUGUGUGAUGUCAUUGGAAAGCCCAUCCCGCAGCCAGAUGGAGCUAUCAAAUGGGAGACAGAGUGCCGGAGAAGUGUUGCCCCAUGGGAGUGUCCCCUGUUGUUAGUGGACAUGUGGCGGCCAAAGGAUGGAUUCGAGCGGCGCUUUGAAAUCCAAAGGAAGGAGGACUAUGAGAGAGAGGAGUUGGAGAGGGAGAGAGAGCGUGAGAGGGAGGGAGAGAACUAUCAAGGUACUGAAAGACUCAACAGGCAGGAAGGUUAACAAUUUCAUACAUGAUUGAAAAUAGGGGAGAGUGGGGCAAGUUGAGCCAAAGGGUAAGUUGAGCCACCCCCUGUAACUUGGAAAAUGGUAAAAGAAAUUGAUCAUGUGACCAAAUAUUUAGGAGAUGGGCAUCAAUUCAGGGAUACGGCUCAACUUACCCCGCUCCUAUGGUCAACCUACCCCAUACACAGGGUCAGUUGACCAUAGGAGACCACUUUUUUUACAUGCUAUAUUAUCAAGACAGUUAUGUUUACACUCAUUCUGUUGGUUUGCGGGGAUGCACAACAUCUUGAAAUAUCUGCAGAUACACUAGUUAGAGACAAAACUAUGAUUGCCUUGAUGUAGUGAUCCCAAAUAUGAAAAAUGGCUCAUCUUACCCCACUCUCCCCUAUACCUGAUUGUCUGGCUAACAGGUGUGCGCUGGCGCCGGAGCAGGAUGUCAUCAGGGGGUGGACCAGAGGAGAGUGAACGAGGUCAUCGUGGAAGAAACACAGAGCUCAGGAGGAGCAUCAGUGACAUGAACUUGAGUUUGCGGCGUCGCCAGGGCAACCACGUUAGUAAAGACCAACGUGGUCCUGGAAACCGGCCUGGCAACAAUGCAGGGGUUCAAGACAGGAAGAAUAUCGUGAGCAUGAUCAGCCCGCAGCCAGGGGAGGUAAAAACAGGACAUGGAGAGAAACUGAAUCAAGUCUACGUAGUUUGUUCUAACCAACAUGUGUUGACUCAUUUUUUUCAGAUAAGAGCUUCAAAAGCUGAAGGAAAGGUUGGAUGGACAAACCAGCCCGCAGAGGAUGAGAGAGAUUACUCCAGCUGUGACCUGGAAGUGAUGUCACAAAGUCUAAUCCUUCCACCCACGGACCGACCCUACUUCCUGUUGCUGCAGGGUUACGAUCAGAGCAAGGCAAGACAUGCUGGCAGAUGUUAUCGCAGGGCCAAUACUCAUAAACAUCACCCACACUACCGUGGACUAUUUUAAACACAGACAUAAACAGACUCACACAGAUAUUUACAUAGUUCAGAAGGUGCAUACACACUAAUGUGCACAAAUUUCAUCUAGCUGGAGGAUUUGUACAGCCGUGGAUGUGUGCACACACCCUGCACAUGACAUCAUACCUGCAUGUCUGUAAUCGCCACAUACCAUCAGGGUUUCCAUCCCUCCACAAGCCUCUCCCAUUCAGCAUCCUGCACAAAACAGCCCCAGAGCAGCACAAUGCUGCAACAAUUAACCCAACGAUAGCAACAAAACCCCUCUGAGUACAUCACUUCAUCUCACACAAUGACCUCACACAGGUCUCCAUUGUCGCAAACUGUGACACACUUCAUUCCUUAUCGGCCGCCCUCCGUUCAACUUAACAUCUCCAAGAUUGGAGUUGAUAUAAACUGUAGCACUUUUAAGAUAACAGACCUCCCUGACUUUGCUCUGCCUUCCACUGUGUGUUGUGUUUAGGAUUUUGUUUUGUACAUCAUGGCGGGACAUACCCAUGUGUUUGGAAGAAAGCCUACGAUCAGGGAGAAAGAGAAGGAUAGAGAGAGGGAGAGGAAAGGGAAGAGGCCUCUGAAGGUGGACACGUUCCUCUCCGCUCCAGACCUCUUGGCCAGACACUUACUGGUCAGGAGAGAUUCAGCUGUUCCUGAGACGCCUGCGGGACAAGGUACAAAAACAGUAACUGAAUCAUAUCCUCACAGAUUCAUUGUGCACCUGCUGUGUCACAGUCUAUCUAAUUCAUUGUCUUAUAGCUCUGAUGCGACCCUUCAGAGGAGGUGCGGUCACACACAAUGGAAUGGCCCUUUACAGAGAGACCGUCCUAAAGCCCGGGGAUGUAAUUGGACUGGGGAACCACUUCCUUUUUCUGUACCGUGAUCCACGUGUGAGCCCGGCUCCACCUCUGGCAUUGACCCUGCCAUGGCAGACUGACAUCUCUACCACCUGCUGCCCUUCAGGGCUGGUAGACAGGCAGGAGGCACUGAGGACGUAUCUGGGAUCUACUGAGGCAGUUCUCAAGUUCCAUCCACGUCAUGCAGAUUCCCUGUUACAGGUAAACCCAGAAGACUGAAAAAUAAAAGCCCCUUAUACUUUUCAAUAGAAAACUGUCCUUACACUGUGUUUAUUCUUCUCUUUUCUCACAGGAGAUUAUCUCCAAAAAUUCCUCUCCAGACUCUGGAGGUGGGCCUUUAGCCCCUGCAUAUCUCUUAUCAAUCAUGAUUGAUCAUGCCUCUAAACACCUGGAUCCAGCUCUUACACCACAGAUACUACUCAAAUCAGCUAAUCUUAUUAAAGAAAUUGUCUGGGUGAGUAAAAAGAAAAGCUUUAGGGUCUCAGAUAUCAUAUAAAAUCAAUUUUGGCCUCGUGUUAGCCCGGUGGUCUGGGACAAUAAUGAACCACAACUGUCACAAAUGACCGAAUGGGAGCUGAUAUAUUAUUAUGUAGAAGCGAUCUGACUGGUGAAGUAAUGGGGCUGGGGUCACAUCCCUUUCACCAACCUAAAUAUACUUUUAACUGGCUGGUAAAAUGUCUCAGAUCCCUCUGGUUGAUCUGUCCACACCAAAUACCAGCUAAAAAGUUCAGCAGGAGGUGAAGACAUUUUCAAAGGUAUUUGGUCUGAAACCAAAGCUAUAAACACUUAUGUCAAAGUGGAAUUACAGAAAUGGUGAUAGAUUAUAUACAAAGAUUUUAACCGUCUGGGAAAAUGAAUGUCAGAACAAUUUGGCAAAAUAUCCAAAAGUUGAGAAAACAUUUUACUCAAAACUACAAAUGCGAGUGAGUUUGUUUGAUCACCAAAGUCAUUCAGAAACCGUCAUCCUACUACUGAAGUUGAAAAACAGCUCAAAAUGUACAAGGUGCUCCCUGUUAUUCUAUGUUAGGCACAAAAAUAUUACCCUCAGAGGUACAAAAGUAGGUCAAUCCAUGAGGCAUGAACAUAUCUGAACUCUGAACCUUUAAAGACUUUAAAGGCCGUGACUACAAUUAAACAAGCUUGGCAGAAAAAAAUAAACAUCAGGUAUGCAGACUUUGGUGGCAACUUUCAAACAGAAAACCAGACAGCUAGACAGACAUAUGCCCCUCAUUGUGGCCUGCUACGUUAUGGACAGGAGCGAGGAUGAGCUGAUGUCACCGCCCUCUUGUUGGAAAAUGUGCUGUAAUUGUCCUGGCUGCAGGGCGAGACUCUGCUCCCCCUCAUCCACCCCCACACUAAGCUGGGAUGUCUCUCCUCUCUUCUGUCUCCAACUCUCUUUACAGGAUAACAUUAAGGAAUUUGGGGAUAAGCAUCCCACGCAAAAGUAAGAACAUUUUUGUUCGACGUCAUGUUUCCUCUGUUUAGAGAUUGCCUGCAGGAGGAUUUGUGAUACAUUUGUGCCUGUGCUGUUAUGUCUCUGGUAAAUUUUUGUAGUAUGAUGGAAGUAUUAUAACACGGAUGUGGAAAAGUGUUUCAAAUAUAGUUGAGUAACAAUAACUCAGUCUAUUUUUACUCACAGUAUGGUGUAUUUCCUCAGUAAAGCACAAACAGAACGCUGACAGGAGAAUGCUCACAAAACUUUUACAGCUCAAAUAACUUUGGCAUUACAUAAAUGUCUCCAGCUCCACAGAGCAGGAAGGUGAGAUAAGCACGCCGAACGUUCAGAAACUAUCAGCUGACCUUCGACCCCUGAUGUUCUGGAUGUCAAAUGCGACAGAACUCCUGAACUUCUUCCAGGUCAAAGUUGAAGCCAUGGAAAAAGAGUGGGAGUUUGAAGGUGAGAGAGGGUUCUAGAUGAAGAUCAUGAUGAUUUAAAGGGAUAUUCUGGCUUAGAAUUAAUUUGGAGGCAAACACACCAUAACACCGAGUUAGACAACUCCUCGAGAGAUGAAUGUUGCCAACCGCUUGCUUCUCUAAUUUGACUGACUUUAGCAACGACCGCAGGAUAGCAAUACACAGCGGUCUGAGGAGCCACACACAAACCUCAACCAAAACGCCACUGUAUAGCCACAAAUAAUCCUCAGAACAGCACCUAACUUCAUCAACAGGACAUAUAGGGUCCUAGCCACAGCACUAGCCACCAAAGAGACUAAACACAACUCACCCACUCUCUUCCAGCAGCCGUUUGUUUGAAGCGAGACCUCAGGUCAGUCCAUUACGGACUACAGCGGGGUGACACAGCUCAAGGAAGAACAUUUAUGAUCAUUUCUUCAUGGAAAUACAAUCAGACCAAGACGCUAAGGCAGAAGAACUACCGUGUCUGCAGUACAAAAUGAUUAAUAUGAUGAUUAUUACUUCAAGGAAAUGAUCAUAAAUGUUCUUCCUUGAGCUGCAUUAUUUGUGGCUAUAGAGCGGCGUAGAGUGGUGUGACUCUAAAUCAAUUUUGCGCCGGAAUAUCCCUAUAUGGGAGUAGAAGAUGAGUGUUCUACUUCAUCAGUUUCAUUCAACAAACGUCAGCGGAAAAAACUUUAUGUUGUCUUACUGAUGUUUCUUCAAAGCCCCAGGGGAUCCACUUUUAACAGCUGACAUGGACACCUGCUCAGAAGCCCUGGCGCAGCUGGAUGAUGUCAUUAUGCACACCUUUCAACAGUGUGUGUAUCACCUCACAAAGGUACAGUAUGAAACAAGAAAGUGCUGUCAUUAACACCACCUACAAUAUGAUGCAUUCGUAAAAGUCCAAAUUGAGAAGAAAGUUGACAAAAAACUACAGAUUUCACUUUUAAAGGGGCACCAUAUGCCAGUCUUAAUGCCAAUUUGAGAAACCACAGCAAAUGAAACUUCUUUAGAAGACAUUAAAACGUCUUUCUUAAACGCUCAUUACAUUUGUUUUCUGUUUUCCAAGAUGUUUGCGCUGCUUUCUCACAACCACUAAGUAUUCACUCAAAUUUUUUCCAGCUGUGAGAAGCUCCUGCAUUUCUUUUGAGCUUUGCUUCCUUGGAAACAAGUGUGCAUAAAAAAAGGCACUUUGGAAAUCCACUGCGUUAGUGCCAUCCAACACCAAACACUAAUUUGUGUCAUCCAGAGUGACAUAUGCGUUCUUGCUUGCCAUGUCUGUUUUGCUGAAAUAUCAGAAUUUCCCGUCUGGGGUUCAAUUAAGUGUUAUUUUAUCCUGUCAUAAAAACAGACACACUUAAGAGUUAUUAAACCUACUUGUGACACAACAACUAUCGAGUGGACACAACAUAUAAACUGCAUGUUCAUCAGGUAUUAUUUUACUUUUCUUUCUUUCGCAUUUUAUCUUGAAUUCCUCAUUGGCAUUAGACAAAGAAUACAUCCGAUGUUUACUGGAGGUUACAGAUGUUUACCAAAUUUCAAUCUAUCAUAACAAAUCAGACAUUUUAGGCUGAACUCAGAUAUCUUAUCUCCUUUUUGAGAUCCUAGUUUUGAUUAUCCCAUAAGUCAAGAGGGUCCAUUCUCUGGGGACGAUGAACUUCAUUGGAAAUCACACAAUAUCUGUAAUAUUUUAGUGGUGACGAUAGUAUUGGACCUUUAAAAUGUAACCCACUGUGUUUCCUCAUUUCACUACAUUAUUGUUAACCAUCUAAUUUCAUCCCUUCACUCUUCAUCAAUCAUUCCAGCUCUACAACUUUUGUAUUUACUCAUGUUUUUAUCCUUUCUCUCCACAUAGACACUCUACUCGCUCCUUCCAGCUCUCCUUGACACCAACCCGUUCUCCAGCGAGGAGAAGGAGAAGGAUGGGGCUCGGGAUGCAGAAGGUGAAGAGAAAAAAGGAGGAAGUGAAGAGGUGGACGACAUCUCUGCCUUACCACCCAGAGUUGCUGGACUGGUGGAAGUGUAUCGCUGUUCCCUGAUGCUGUCACGGGAGGCUUGUUUGUCACCGCCGCUCACCUCGCAAACCUUUGGCUACCUCUUCUUCUUCACCAACACCUCCCUGCUAAAUACUCUGCUGGAGAGAGGUGAGGGUGGAUACCCAAUAGUUUUAAGUCGGAGAUGUUAAUCAGUGUUGUUUUUCUCAUUAGUGAAGUUAAGUACUUUUGAAAACAACAGGAGCUCACCAGAAAUGCUUUUAACUGAUACAACCAGCAGUUAACUACAGUCCACGCAGGUAUACAUGAUUAAAGAAGUAAAGCUACAAAUGCAGCUGAUGGUUAGCUAGGCUGCAUGGCAGUGGGUACAAACUCUUGAACAUAUUAAACUUGAUGAGUGCGAUUUUCACCAACCAUUACAACCUUUACCCGCUGAAGCAAAUUCUUGGUUCUGCUUUGGUCCUAACUAAAUUUAGCCGGUAUCACUUUAGAGGUCAAAAACUGCUGACUGUUUAAAAUGUGAGAUUUUUCCAAAACCAAUUACAUACUUUCUUUUCUCUUUAGACGGGUUGUUUUCAUGGUCCAGAGCGGUCCAGAUCCGUACAAACUUGGACCUUGUUCUGGACUGGCUACAGGGUGCAGGAUUAGGCGACAUAGCCUCUGAGUUUAUGAAGAAACUGUCGAUCACUGUCAACUUCCUUUGCAUUCCCAAGACUCGACUUAUCCAGGUAACAUAGCUACAUGAGCUGCGUUUUCUUAGCCCUUACACAAACCUGUUUACAUUUUUUAAAUUUUUACUGAUGUCUCAUCUUCAAGUCGUCCUGGACAAGCCUACAAGAGGACCAUGCCCUGCUGAGCCCCUCCCAGUUGCACCACCUGCUCACUCAUUACAAACUGGGUCCAACCAGAGCCCCACCAGCUUCUUGGGCCCCUCUGCCAGGCACAGAGCUGAGUGGAGGUAAUACAUUUGAAAACUAAAACGUGUAAGAAUGUAACAAUGGAAGUGUGGCUUUGAAUACUGAAGUCAAUCUCUUUACUUUUAUCGUUGGAUCUUCAGACAUCUUUGAGAGCUUUCUGGAUCAUCCUCCUCUAAUCCUGCCCAAUGAGACCCCGCGCCUUGACCUCUCUCAGCCAAUCCCCAGCCCUGAGCUCCAAAAAGAGGUGACACGUCUUCGCACCUACCUGUGGGGACUUGACCAGGAUGAGCUCCCUGCCAAUCAGAGGACUCGACUUUGAAGAAGCCCAUAUUUGUCUCUCUUAGGAUGUCUAGUAAAAGUAAAAAGAAUAGCACCAGGAACAAGAAACCAACUGCAUACUGGAUUUGUUUUUGGUAUUUUGUUGUCUGGUUGUUCUUUUAUGAUAUUUACAUAUCAGUUCAUUUACUCAUUAGAUAUAUUGGUGUGUCAUUAUACUUAUUUUUUACGCAGGGAGUAAAGCCUUAUGUCCAUGUCACAGAGUCUUCAGUGGACUUAUGUGACUUUUACUAGUCUUUCAUGUAUGUUUUUCGACUACUCAUUUGAAAUAAAACUCUGAAGUCUAGUCUGAAAGA